AUGAAAGAAUUGUUCAAAGCACAAUUGAAGCUGCAAAGCUACAUUUGCAAUUUUUAUACUAAUACCGUUGAAAAGGCCACAUUAGAAAGUCGGACUGUUAGUUAUUAUAAAGCUCGACUAGAGUUGAUAGCUAGUUACUGGGCCAAAUACACUGCAAAUCACGAUAAGUUGAUCAUUGAGGAAGAUGCUAACGCGGAACUUGCCUACUUCAAAGACGAUUUUUAUACGACUUGCGAAGCUGAAUUUGCAAUCGCAAUGGGUCGGAUACGCGAUAAGAUUACCGAACUCCAACCUCCCGCGCCGAGUCAAGAUUUGCCAGCACCGACUUCAAUAGUGCAGAAUAUCACUAAUUCUGCGCCUCACGUUGCACUUCCUCCUAUUGCAUUGCCCACGUUUUCCGGUAAGCAGGGUGAAUGGGAAAGCUUUAAGCAGCGAUUUUGUUCUCUUGUAAAAGACAAAUCAAAUAUCUCCCGAGUAGAAAAAUUGCAGCAUUUAUUAAAUGCAGUACAUGGUCAAGCUGCACAUCGUCUCAAAGGUCUUGACGUUAUCGACGCGAAUUUUGAUGUUGCUUGGGAAAAACUUGUGCGCCGUUAUGACAACCCACGUAUCCGACUCUUUUCAACACUCGAAAGCUUGCUUCAGUUAUCUUCAAACAAAGCUCGCAGCGCACAAGACCUUAAUGAGUUAAUCGAUACUACCGAAGAAUCUGUUCGAGCUCUUCGCGACUUAAACUGCCCAGUCGAACAUUACGACAAUUGGAUUGUUCACUGUGUUGUCCGUAAGCUCGAUGCUGGCUCUCGCGAAGCUUGGGAAGCGUCCCAGUCGAACGUGGACGGUUUUUCAACAUUUAAGGCGUUAAUCAAUUUUUUGGAGAAGCGUAUUCAAACGCUAGAACAAGCGCAUUCUUAUGUAGACAAAUGUGAGUCUUCAAGCAAGCAAUCAAGUAACUCGACACCUCGCAAAUCGAAUAAAGUUACCGUGAAUAACGCGCAAACGGUGGAUCAAUCUGAACCUAAAUCGAGUCCCUUGUGUGACUUAUGCAAAGGUCCUCAUUGGUUACAUCGUUGUAGCCAUUUUAAUGCAAAGUCGCAGUCUCAGCGUUUGGAUUUUUGUAAGGGUUCGAAGCUUUGUCUCAAUUGUUUAAGAAAAGGACAUAAGGCCUCUAAAUGUCCGUCAUCUAACCGUUGUUUCAAAUGUCAACUCGCGCAUCAUACGAAAUUGCACUCAGAAGACAAUUCACAGAACAAAGGCUCAGGCUAUCGGAUAGGUAAUUCGUUCGCUGAUAACGGGUCCCAGCCUACCGGUACCUCUGCAAACUCUGACGAAUCGUACAGUCAUGUCGCAUCACACAGUGCGUCGGUUGGAGCCUCAGUGCUUCUUGCUACGGCUAAAAUCUUGAUAUCAAACGCGUUAGGUAAGAAGCUGACUGUUCGGGCCCUGAUCGAUCCUUGUGCCGAACGAUGCUUUAUAUCGCAACGGGUAGUGCAACAGCUUAAGCUUGAUUCGGAAAAGACUUCAAUCUCGGUGAUAGGCGUCGGUUCCGAAAAGACAUCAACUUGCAAGACCAUAGCUCACGGUAUUUUACAAUCAAGUACCGACAAAAGCUUCGCUAUGGGUUUUUCCGCGCUUGUGCUAAAUGAACUAACUCGUUGUCUGCCCAAAGACAGGGUCGUGUCAGGGAAUUGGCCCCAUCUUCGUGGUUUAAUUCUAGCAGACCCUCAAUUUUCGGAACCCGCGAAGGUUGAUUGCAUACUUGGUGCAGACAUAUACCCUAUCCUUAUGCUUGAAGGCAUGCGUAGAGGACCAAUGGGUACUCCGUGUGCUCAGCAGUCUGUCUUCGGCUGGCUGCUUACCGGAGCCAUUUCACCCAUCAACACUUACAACCAAAAGCCAGUUCGUGUAUUUCAUUUAACGACUGAGCCCUCGCUUUCACAGCAACUCACGCAGUUCUGGGAGAUCGAAGAAAUUCCGCGCAAGGCACUUUUGACUCCUGACGAACAGCGUUGUGAACAACACUUUGUCGACACACAUUAUCGCGAACAGAACGGACGCUUUGUAGUCCGAUUGCCUUUCGCAAAGCAACCCAAGUUUUCCGGUUCUCGAGAUGUCGCGGCUGCAUGUUUGCGUAGAUCUGAGAAGCGAUUGCAGCGUGAUAUGCAACUCGCCGAGCGUUAUCAAGCCUUCAUGCUUGAAUACCUGGAGUUAAAUCACAUGGAGCCCGUUCCUUCUCAUCAGGUGCUCAAUCCUGGAUUUUAUUUGCCUCACCAUGCGGUGGUGAGACCUGAAAACCCUGCGAAAAUACGCGUAGUCUUCAACGCAUCGCAGAAAUCGCAAAAUGGUCUAUCACUAAAUGAUAUGCUUUUGUCAGGACCUAAGCUUCAAGCAGACAUCUCAAUAGUUUUAUCUCUUUGGCGUCGAUUUAGAUUCGCCUUUACUACUGAUGUUAUUAAGAUGUUUCGCCAGAUAAAGGUUCAUCAGGAUGACGCUGACUGGCAACGAAUACUUUGGCGAGACAACACUAGCAAGCCAAUUCAGGAUUACAGAUGCAUCACGGUGACGUACGGUACUUCGUCUGCUCCCUUUCUGGCUCUUCGGGUUAUGAAGCAAAUUGCAACUGACGGUUCACUGGACUAUCCGGAAGGUGCUUCAAUUCUUCGUCAUACACUUUACGUUGACGACCUCUUCGGCGGAGCGGACACUAUCAAUGAAGCCGUACGCCGCCGCGAGCAACUGAUCAAUCUUCUGGGAUCAGCAGGCAUGGUCCUGGAUAAGUGGGCAGCAAAUUCCUUGGAUCUGCUAGCAGGUUUGAAUUCAUCUUCUGCAACUGAAGUUGAAUUGAAUCAAAACGAGGUAAAAUCUACCCUUGGUAUUAAAUGGCUUCCAAAGGACGAUGUUUUUUCGUUCACAGCAACAGUAACUCAAGCGACUUGCGUUACCAAAAGGUCGAUAUUGUCUGAAGUCGCUCGAUUAUUUGAUCCUCUAGGUUGGUUGGCGCCCAUGAUUAUCGUGGCCAAAGUAAUCAUGCAAGAUCUUUGGCUGGACCACAUCGACUGGGAUACGCCUGUUCCUGAUCAACUUCAUUCCCGCUGGUUUGAAUUCCAAGCUGGACUCGCAGAAAUACCGAGGAUCCGGAUUCCACGAUGGCUUAACACCCUGGAAAGUGAUGACUGGCAACUGCACGGAUUUGCCGACGCUUCGCAGAGAGCGUAUGCAGCUGCUCUAUACGUAGUCAUUCCAGGACGCCAACCCAUGCUGCUCACGGCAAAAACAAAGGUCGCCCCCACAAAGGUCCAAUCAUUGCCACGGCUCGAAUUGUGUGGGGCCACAUUACUAGCUCGGUUGAUUUCACACACUUUGGACGCAAGUCAACAACCACCAGCAUCAAUUCACUGUUGGUCGGAUUCACGAGUCGUGUUGGAAUGGUUGAAAGGACACCCAUCCAAGUGGCAAACCUUCAUUGCCAAUCGUACUAGCGAGAUAAUUACAAGCUUACCAACAGCGACUUGGAGACACGUCAGAUCUGCAGACAACGCUGCUGAUUGCGCUUCAAGAGGUGUCUCAACGGCUGAUCUUGCUGAGCACAAGCUUUGGUGA